AUGUCUGGGUUGGAGUUUGGACGAGAGCCGGUCCGUUGGCGGAGACUGCCGGAGUUCACGCCUUCGUUGUCACCUGCACUGCCGCUCCCCGUCGAGUUCGUUGCGGGCGGCGAGGGCAGACCAGACGAGGAAGACAACGGACUGAGUGGUUCAGGGAGGUCGGGCAGAGAAGGGGGCGUCGAUGUGCAGGACGGGGUGUCAUUGCACGGGACAGAAAAACAUGCAGGUGAGGUUGACGGCGGAGACGACGGUAUACUCGUCACCUUCGGCGGCGAGGACAGCCGGGAGCUGGAGCGAAGAGGAAUGGCUCCGGCGUCACAGACCACGUUGUGCAGCCUCGUUUCCAGGGUGUCGAAGUUCAAUUGCAGCCUGCUGCUUUCAGACGCCUCUACAGCCGCGCCGUCCCCGCAGCUCACCUCACUGUCGCUGUUUCUGGACCACCUCACCGCUCAGGCUAUGAGGUUGCGGUACGGGAGUUUGUAG